AGUGCUUCAUCUCCUCUUCUUCUCCUCUCCGUCCUCGACCUCACUCGACUACGAACUUCGAUCAGUUCAAUGGAUGUAGAGACGCCAUCCUCGCCGGAAACAGCACCUCCUGGAUGGGAGCAUGUCAGCCCAGUACCACCUCCUCAGCCUCCCCCAGAGAUGGGUCAAAUGGUCUGUGGAAAGUGUCGUGAACUGAUUUCUUAUCCACAAGGGGUCAUCCGUGUUAAGUGCCCCUGCUGUCAGAUUGUGAACUUUGUACUGGAAGCACAUCAAGUUGGUAAUGUGAAGUGUAGAGGAUGUGAUGUUCUAUUGAUGUACCCAUAUGGAGCUCCAUCUGUGAGAUGUUCCUGCUGUCGGUCUGUGACUGAAAUUGAUACACACAACAUGAGGCCAUCAGUUUCUGUUCAACAAGGCCAACCACCUCCACCUCAACAUUCAUCCAACUAGAUGAUGGUGAUGAUCUCCUGUUUUAGGUUUCUGGGUGGUAAUUGAGAAGCAUCACCCAAUUCUCCAAUUCUCCAUUCAAUGUAUUAUUCUGACCUGAAAAUUUUCAUUGGAGAUUUUUUAAAAAUUAAAUUCGUAGCAUAAAGGUUUGUGUUAUACUGACUGCAUUUUUGAAUUGGAGAGCCAAACGUGGUAAUAUUUUCAUAUUACUAUGUAACACAUAGUAAUUUUGCUACAUUACCAUGAAUUAAACGACCCCUAUCAAAGGUCGAGAUCGAUUUUUUCCAA